AUGGAGACCGUUCGUUCCAUUGUGAUGUCUGUGGUGUUUGUUUGGAUGUCCAACUUCGUGGAAAUCACAAAUGUCGUGAAGGUUCUGCACAUGAUGAAUGUUGCAUUUAUUUGGAGGUAGUGUAUCAAUGUAUAUGCCUUACCGCAGGCGAUCGCAUGUCUAUACCCGUUGCCUCUCAAUUCAUAUUUUCGGACUUACAUUCCCAGUAACUAUAUUUGUUCUAACAAUGUAUACAUUAAAUGGACCAUGAUGAUCAAGCAUUUUCUUUACGUAUUUGAAUUCAUCGGGUUCCAGCGGGCACAAAAUGCGUGAAACUGGAACUACGACGCUGUACUUUGGUCGCAUGUGCACACUUGCAAGUCGCAAUAAAGGUCAUUUUUGAAUUUUUAAAUUUCCACAUGGCAAAAAUAUUAUAAAUAUUUUAGUUUAUUCCUAGUGCGGUAUUUUUAUAUUUUUAUGUAGUUAAAAGUUCAUCUCUGUACAAAUUUAGAAAAACUAGGAAUGGUAGUAACUUAAAUCAGGCUAAUAUUACAGUAAAUUCUUCAACAGGCUUUGUUUUGCAACCAGCGAUUUCGGCAAGUUGCAAAGGAUCUACCAUAUUCUCAGAUUUUGCAUUUACAACAUCGCGUUGUACAAUCUACUAUAUACUGUUGGAGCCAUAUUUCAAAGUGAUAUGCAAAUUAGUAUAAGGAAGUAUAGAAGAAACUAUGUCCUUGAUUUUUGGCCAUGGACCAAAUAACAAUGGAAAACUAGUGAAAAUAAUUUCCGUUGGAAAAUCACAAUGAACGUGAGAUGCCAUCAUGAUCCGCAAGUCAUGAAAUUAAAAACAAAUUUACAAGCCCUUUCGUCAUUGUAAAUACAUACUGUAUAAAGAUCGGCAGUUAAAACUGUAACCCAAACUUCGCAUUGAUAAGGAUGCAACCACCGAAAAAAAUAUAAGGAGAACUUCGACGUAUCGUGCGCCCUUCGUCGGGAAGUUAAUACCCACUAACUUCGUUUUGUGACAGUAUACUAAUUUCUCGACGAAUUAAGGGCUUCGCUCAAAACGUUGAAGUUCUCCUUUUUUUUCAGGUAGUUGUAUCCCUAUCAAUCCGAAGUAGUCUUAUUAAGCCGGUUUUCCACUUCGCCCGUACCGUACCGAAACUUAAUGGUGAGCAUGCGCAGAUUGAAAAGAGGUUUAUAAAUCCACGUACUUCCGGGUGUAUUCGCGUAUCAAAAUAAAAAGUUCGUCGCAAGUCAACUUUUUGUACUAACCAGUACUAACCAAUCAACAUUCACGAAAUUUUGAAAUUUAAAAACGUUUUUGAUAUACGUUUCGGUACGGUACGCUUGAAGUGGAAAACCGGCUUUAAUGACACUAUACCUACACUGGAACAGACCAUUCAAGAAUAUAUAUAUUUUAACCAGUACUUUUAAGUCUUUUUAAAAAAAGAUUUAAAAUUUUUUGCUUAUAGGAUGCUUUCACUGGAUGCCAAAUUCUUCCUUGUUCUCAUAAAGUGCACAAAGAAUGUGCAACUCAAAUGAUACGCAGCGGAAUGUGACUACAUUAUAGUGUAUAUUUGUAAAUUUGUUAUGUUCAGUAAGAUUGGAAAGCAAGUAAUGCAUGUAAUUGCAUGGUAUGUUUAGUAUCGUACGUUGAAUCCAGUGAGUAUCCAGUAUUAUAUAUUGAAGGCUUUAAAGAAAGUCAGCUGGUGUGUUUUGAAAGGCAUACGUGAAAGAAAUUCGCUAAUUUUUCUUACAAAUGAACAAGUUCACAAAAUAAAUAAGGAAUAACAAUGCUUGUGAUGUUUGAAAAAGUUUUUCAUGCGACUCAUGCAAUUUUGGCAAUAUUUUUCUAAUAUAAUUCGUACUGAUUAUCCUAUGUUAUUGCGCUCAUCGUCACAUAAUUGUCUAUACUAAUGACUAGUUAUAAUACUAAUAUCAUAAUUAUUAGUUAAUUACUCGAUCCUGAUUGGUUAAAAACCUUGUCAAUUACGAUUAAAAGUCGCGUAUUUUUUUCGAAAAACGCUCAAAGCUUAGCCAGGGUCAUUUUCGCCGACCUUCAGCCGUGGAGGCAAAAUGCCCUGGGAACGAGGUUGAUAUUUUUGAGCUCUUAUUUUGCCAUGACCGCUUUGAUUAUGUUUGAAUAAUGAAGAAAAAGAAGAAGUAAAAAUUAUUCACAUUUUUUCACUGGUAUAUGAAGCUCGCUUGAAUACAUUAAUACAAUGUUUCUUGUCGUUGCCAAUUACUCAUGUAAAAUUGACUAAAAUUAUAUUAAUAGGAAAUUACACUUGUUCUCGAAGUAUUAAUGAAAGGUCACACUUGUGUUUGGCGAAAUAUUUCCCCCUGAGCCAAUUAAAGGUCCAGACACACCGGACGCGAUUCGACAACGCGACGCGAUUUUUUAGUUUUUGAAUGUUAAUAAAACAGCCAAUGAGAACAAAUUUUGAAAGAUAUGCAGACCAAAUAACUCAAAAUGUUAUAGCGUUUCUGAAUAUUUGGAAAUUUAAACUAAGAUCAAAGUUAUCGGUCAGUGAAAAUCGAAAGAUCGCGUCGCGUUGUCGAAUCGCGUCCGGUGUGUCUGGACCUUAACGGCGCGGAGCGCCGUUCCGCCCGUAAGCCCGGGGCGAAGGUACUAAUUCCGCCCGGUAUUUACACCCGGGAAAACGAAAGCAUUAGCGCUGUCUGAAGCUCAUCAAUGAUCGCAUGUGUGGGUGACCAACGAUGGGUGGUCAUCCUCACUGAUCUCAAAAAUAUGGCGGACUGUCGUGAAUAACGAGCACUGAUUGGUCAAAUCAAAAGUUUUUAAGCUUUUUAAAAAAUAAAGGCGAAAGAAUUGUUAAAGGAAGGGAGUAAAGGCGCCGACGUUAACGAAGGUAGAUUUGUUUUAAAUAUUGAUGCAGUAUUGUUCGCUUUAUAAUUGCAGAAAAACUGAUCGUUGACGUUGCGUAUAUUUUAAGUGAAACAGGCAGCAUAUAAAUUCAGUGUUUCCUUAUUGAUUACCCUUUUUUUAUCUUAAAAUUUUCAAAUAAAAAGAAAGCAAAGUUGUUUGAAUGCGAGAAUUUUACAUAAUUUUAUUUCAAAAUCAAAGUUUUUCGAUAAGGUAGUUUAGUUUUAUAAAGAAUAUUUUAAAACGUCUUGCAAAGCGUUUGAGUUUGAAUUUUUCCUUAAAUUGAAGCUUAUAUUACGUAUAAUCACAAACCUAACAUAUAUAUGUUUGGGAAAUUGAUAAUUUUAUAAUUAAUUAAAAGUGAUAUUUUUCAGGGAUUUUUCGGUAAAAACAUUCUUCACAAAAUUAUCGUGUUACCAUGACAACUACGUUAAAUACUUCAUGUUCGGAAAAUACAAUGGUUUUGUCAGCAAGGCGAGGGGUUUCUGCAUGCAUAUAUUUUUUAGUAUUACUAUAAAUGCUUUGAAAUAUGUAUACUACUACUAGAAAAUACAUGCAUGCAGAAACCCUCGCCUUGCUGACAAAACCAUUGUAUUUUCCAAACAUGAAGUAUCUACAGUAGUUGUCAUGGUAACACGAUAAUUUCUUAAGAAUAUUCUUACAAGUGAAAAAUCGCCUAAAAAUAUCACCUUUAACAUAGGCAGCCCAAAACGGUUAUAUCUAUAUAUAUCAACACUACUUUUCAGUUGAGUGCUUGCGGCGCGCGACAAAUGACAGAGAAAUGGGGCGAGCUUAAUAUAAAUUGACAUUUGGAAGCAUUUGGUGCAUUAUACACGCCGUUUUGAGCUGCCUAUGCUUUUAAUUACAAAAUUGUUAAUUUCCCAACAAAUUAUAUAUGUUAGGUAUGUUAUUAUACGUAAUAUAAGCCUCAAUUUAAGGUAAAAUUCAAUCACAAAUGCUUCGCAAAACGUUUUAAAGUCACUAGUGUUCUUUAUAAAACUAAACUGACUUUUAAAAUGGCUGUAUCGAUAAACUUUUGAAUUUGCAAUAAAAUGAUUUCAAAUUCUCGCUUGCAAAUAACCUUGCUUUCUUUUUUAUUUAAAACAUUCAAUAUCAUAAAAACGGUUUCUAAAGUUUCUAUUUCUCCUGUCUAACAUUGCUAUAUUUGAUAUCUUUCUAAUUUCGCACUACCAUCAACUAGACUUUCGGAAACACACUAACACUUUCCGUUUUCUUUUUUCACAGCACACGCUGUCCAAUCUGCCGUGAGAGUUUUGCACACAAACUUGAACGACGACCACUGCCAAAUUCACGAACACGUUCGGGAAAAUAA